CUAGCUCCAAGUCGAACUCCUUUCUGUCUGUCUCUCUGGAUCGCAGAAGUCAAUGGCAUCACGGGACAAGAAACCUUCGAAGCCCUCGAGCAGCCGUACAGGCGGUAUACGCACGCUCUCCGAUCUGAACCGCCCGUCCGCCGACUCGGACAGUGACUCGGAUGGCCCCCAAGAGUACUACACUGGUGGCGAGAAGAGUGGGAUGCUCGUCCAAGAUCCUUCAAAGGCCAAUGAUGUGGAUGCAAUCUUUAAUCAAGCUAGGCAACUGGGAGCAGUUGAAGGGCCUGUUGAACAACUCCGUCCCUCUUCAAGCUCAAGCAAUUUUACAGGAACUGGUAGACUACUUUCAGGGGAAACUGUACAAACUGCUCCUCAGCAGCCUGAGAACGUUGUUCACAACAUUGUUUUCUGGAGUAAUGGUUUCACGGUAAAUGACGGCCCUUUGAGGAGUUUGGACGAUCCUGAAAAUGCAGCUUUCUUAGAGAGUAUCAGAAAGUCUGAGUGCCCUAAAGAGCUUGAACCUGCAGAUAGGAGGUCCUCUGUUCAUGUCAAUCUAAUAAGAAGAAAUGAAAACUGCCCUGAACCAGAGAGGCGCCAUGUUCCAUUUCAGGGUGUGGGAAGAACUCUAGGUAGCAGCUCUGCUCCAGCGGCACCCGAGCCAACUGUUGCUUCCGCCCCUUUCAACUCUGCUCCAACACCUUCCACGGGCCUGGUUGUGGAUGAAACAUUGCCGUCAACUGCCAUUCAACUUAGAUUGGCUGAUGGUACCCGCAUGAUAGCACAUUUUAAUCACCAUCAUACGAUCAAUGACAUUCGAUCCUUCAUUGAUGCAUCAAGGCCUGGAGGUGCUAGGAAUUAUCAUCUUCAGAUGAUGGGAUUCCCUCCCAAGCUUCUAAGUGAUCCAGCUCAGACAAUUGAGCAAGCCGGUCUUGCCAAUUCAGUGGUUAUCCAGAAAUUCUAGUUGGCUGCGCCAAGAUCUUUGCACUUUGGUCAUUACAUAAUAGGUGCCUUGGUGAAGAAGUGAACCCGUUCCAUCUACUUAGGGCCGAGAGUGUGUGUUCUGAGAAUUCGAUAAAUGAUCUGAAAUACUUCUUAAAAGACACUGUUUUUGUUGAGAAUUAUAAAUCAUAUUCUUGUUGUUAUCGCGUGAA